CGAAACACAUUCAAGAAACCUCUCAACAGACUUUUAGAAGAAAUGCGUUCUAAUGAACGUGCUUUGCGUCGCACUAACCGAGAAAUUACUAGUGAUCGAAGAUUUCUGGAAGCAAAGGAAAAAGAAUUGGAACUAGAGAUCAAGAAGCUAGCAAAGCAAGGCCAAAAAGAAGCCUAUACAAUUCUUGCCAAACAGUUAUUAAAAUUACGAAAGCAAAAAGCUAAAAGUUGCAGUAUGACUGCAACAAUAAAUGCGAUGAACGUAAGAAACAGGGAAUUAUUCAGUAUGACACGAAUGACCGAUGCCAUGGGUAAAACAACUAAUACCAUGAAAACUAUAGCAAGUCACUUGCCUCCAGAUAAAUCGGCCAGAAAUCUACAAGAAUUUGUAAAGACUCAAGAGCAUCUUAGUAUUAAAAAUGAAAUGGUUUCUGAUGCACUCGAUACUUUGUUAGACGAUUCAGGUGAUGAUGUCGAAGAGGAUCGAAUUGUAAAUCAGGUUCUAGAAGAAAUUGGAAUAGAUUUGAAUGCGCAAGUAAAAUUUCUUUCUGAAGUCAUCUUAAGUGAUGACGAUCUUGAAAGCAUGUUGAAGGAUUCAUAG